UGCUCUACAGACGAGGGCUACAACUCACCACCACCGCCAUUCAUUCAUUCAUCCUCUUCUCUUGUCUGGUGGUUCUCCUCCUCCUCCCUCCUCCCUACUCCCUCACAACCUCUCCCCCAUGCUCAUCAUGGCGCGCUCAUCCACCCUCCCUAGCAUCUGCCGAUCCUGUCUCCAAUCAACCACCACCCGACCAAUAACCAAAUCUGGACGCCCUCGACUCCUCGCCUCCAGCAUCCCAUACCAAACCAUCACCAGUCGCGAACUCCACGGUGUCGACUGGUCUAAAAACUCAUCCCCAUCCGCCCCCAAACCCAAUCGCCCCAACAGCGAAUCCUCGGAACCCACCAGCGAAUCCGAUUCCCUCAUAACGCAAGCUUUCUCAAGUCGCAACGCCCGCACAACCAACAGCGACAUAUCAUCAUGGCGGCGAAUGACACGACAAGAAACCAUGGAAAAGGACCAACAGAACGAAGACCGACUAGCUGCCCUGUCACCUGGUAACUCUGGCAAUGCGGGAGCUGGAAAUGCUUCACUCGAUGAACCUUACCAUAUCCAUGUCUAUGCACACAAACACAACAUGCACUUGACAUUGACCGAACCCGGACGUAGUCCGAUUCUCUCCCUUUCAGCAGGAAAACUCGGUCUGCGGAAUUCUCAACGAGCGACCUACGACGCUUGCUACCAGUUAACGACAUAUUUCUUUCGAAAGAUGAUGGAGAAGCAAUGGCGGUUGGGAGGCAAGAAGGCGACUACCAAUCCGUUGUUGACUUUUGAAGCUAUCAAGACACCAAGACUGGGGCAUAAGAGUUUGGGGAUUGAGGUCGUGUUUCGUGGAUUUGGGCCUGGUAGAGAGGCGUUUCAGAAGUGUUUGCUCGGAACGGAGGGAAAGUUUCUCAGAGGUUUGAUCUCCAGAGUCACUGAUUCGACGAGGUUGAAGUUUGGGGGUUGUAGGAGUCGAAAGGUCAGGAGACUGGGUUGAUUGUUGAUUGACGAUUGACUUCGUCGGCAGCCCCGGCCGUGUAUUUGUGUAUAUAUACAUCCAUCCAUCCACCCAACCAGUCAGCAGAUUUCAGAAUUCGCAUAGAGAUCAUCAAUCACCUACCUACUUUGUCUGCCUAACAGUGUCUA